UUGGGAUCUGGCUACAGCAGAAAGGACAUCGGUUCCAACAAGGCUUUUCCAGAAGGUACCUGGGAGUUGAAAGAGCCGAAGACACCUCCACGCUCUGGAUUUGGGGUUCUCUGUCCAUGGGUGCAACACCUACACUCAGUCUGUGAGCUUCGUUCCGGGAGAGAAACCAUGGCGUUCAGGAACGUGCCCUUUCGCUCCGAGGUCCUGGCCUGGGACCCCGACACCCUUGCAGAUUAUUUCAAGAAGCUGAACUACAAAGACUGUGAAAAGGCUGUGAGGAAAUAUCACAUCGAUGGGCCGCGGUUUUUGAACCUGGCAGAGAAUGACAUCCAGAAGUUCCCUAAGCUCCGGGUGCCGAUUCUCAGUAAGUUAAGUCAGGAAAUCAACAAGAAUGAAGAGAGAAGGAGCAUAUUCACACGCAAACCCCAAGUCCAGCGGUUUCCUGAGGAGACAGAGAGCCACGAAGAAGACAACGGAGGCUGGUCAUCUUUUGAAGAAGAUGACUAUGAAAGUCCCAACGAUGAUCAGGAUGGGGAGGAUGACGGUGACUACGAGUCCCCCAAUGAAGAGGAAGAGGCGCCCGUGGAAGACGACGCCGAUUAUGAGCCGCCCCCCUCCAACGACGAGGAGGCUCUGCAGAACUCCAUCCUGCCUGCCAAGCCGUUCCCCAACCAGAACUCCACGUACAUAGACCGGCCCCCGUCUGGGAAAGUACAGCAGCCACCCGUGCCCCCCCAGAGGCCGGCGGUCCCCGUCCCUUCUUUGCCCACCAGCGGCCGGACUCACUUGCAGCCGCCACCCCCACCCCAGCCCAAUGAAGAGCCUAGCAGAAGUAGAAACCAAAAAACAGCAAAGAUCCCUGCUCCUUCCAUAGACAGAAGCGUGAAACCACCCCUAGAUCGUUCCUUCGCUCCGUUUGACAGAGAGCCCUUCACACUAGGAAAGAAACCAGUGAUUUCUGACAAGCCCUCAGCCUCAGCGGGAAGGCCUCUUGGGGAGCAUUUAUCCAAGAUACAAAAGCCCCCGUUACCACCAGCCUUUGAAAGGCACGACAGAGGCAGCCCCCUGCCAGGGAAGAAGCCAGUGUCUUCUGUGCCAAAGCAAGGAUGGGGAUCAGACAGAAGAGAGAAUGAUGAAUAUGAUGCACAUCAGAGACAUCUGCUCCCCAUGAGUUCCAACACCUUCCCUUCAAGAUCUACCAAGCCGUUGUCCAAGCAGUCCCUCCCACUGGGUCACCAGCCCGGAGACUUCUCAGAAAGUAGCAGUAGUUUUCCACAGACUUCCUCCCUGCCGCCAAGCUUCUCUCAAGGCCAUGGUAACAGACCACUUCCCAGAGCUGGAGGCAGAAACAUUUCCUCACCAGUUCCAAACAAACCUCGGCCACCAUCCCCUGGGGAAGAAGAGAAUUCACUAAAUGAAGACUGGUACGUUUCUUAUAUUACCCGACCAGAGGCAGAAGCGGCUCUUAGAAAGAUAAACCAGGAUGGCACUUUCCUGGUUAGAGACAGCUCUAAAAAAACAAUAACCAACCCGUAUGUCCUCAUGGUGUUGUACAAAGAUAAAGUUUAUAACAUCCAGAUACGUUAUCAGGAGGAAAGCCAAGUUUACGUGUUGGGAACUGGACUCCGAGGGAAAGAGGACUUUCUGUCUGUGUCACAUAUUAUCGACUACUUCAGGAAAAUGCCACUUCUGCUCAUUGAUGGGAAAAACCGAGGUUCCAGAUACCAGUGCACGUUAACGUAUUCUGCAGGUUAUCCCUAGCAAGUUAGCCAAGCAAAUGAACCUUCCUCCUGCCUGUCCCAGCAUGGG